UAGACUUUGCCCUGAAGGGGAACCAACGCAUACAGGAAGAGCAGAAUCCUGACCGUCACAGCAGAGCUUUUCUUGAGAUGGAGCAGUCCAAGGGCCGCAGACAUGAGGAUUGUGAACUUCAUCCUCCUCCCUACAGCCCUCAGUCCGGGAUGACUUACCAGGUUGGGAAGGGCGGCAUUGCCGUGGUCUCGCCUCCAGGCAGCUACGACAACAUGGCCGGUCCCGGGGGCUCGGGAGCAGGGGAAAUGAACCAGCAGUACGACCAGCCUCCGUCUGCUUACUCUUACGACUCAGAGGAGAACGUCUUCAGUGAUGCUGCAAUACGAAGAGGUUUCAUAAGGAAAGUCUACCUGACCCUGAUGAUACAGCUGCUGCUCACUUUGGGGAUCAUCUGUGCUUUUCUUUACUGGGACACGCUCAGGAUAUGGGUUCUGCAGACCUACUGGUUCACCUACGCCAUGAUGGUAACGGUGCUGGUGCUCAUUUUGGCCUUGUCCUGCUGUGGAAUCGCUCGUCAAGUACCCCUCAAUUUUAUAGCCCUGGGCCUGCUUACGGUUGCAAAGGGCCUGAUGCUUGGAUCCGUGGCAGCGUACUUCAAUGCAGAAGCAGUCAUGUGGGCCGUGGGUGCAACAGCGGUUGUUUCCUUUGGCAUGAGUCUGUUUGCUAUGCAGUCAAAGUGGGACUUCACCGCAGUAGGUGGUAUGCUUUGGGCAUUAGGCUGGUCCAUGCUUUCAUUCGCACUGCUUUGUGCAAUCAUCCGAUCACAGUUUGCUUACAUCGCGUAUGCCUCCCUGGGAACCCUGCUGUUUUCUUUUUACUUGGUGAUGGACACGCAGCUAAUACUGGGCGGGAAGCACAGAAGGUAUUCAUUCUCUCCUGAGGAGUACGUGUUUGCUGCCCUCAACCUGUAUUUAGACAUCGUCAACUUGUUCCUCCUCUUCCUGAAUUUCAUCGACCUGUGCAGAUAAACCUGCAAGCCUUCUUUCAGAAUCACUUCCUGUACACGCAAUUAGUGUUGAGUUGAUAUUCAUAUUGAACAAAUACUCAUUGCUUUUCCUCCAGACAUGUAUUAUUACAUUCUCAUGGAUGUCUUUGAUGUAUUUAAUAUAAAAGUCUUACUGUUGUCAUGAAAAUCCUCUGUGUUAAUUGUUUAAAUUAUUCAAAUACUUCGAGCACCUCGGCUACUGUAUCCUAUAAUAUGUAACGCAUUGGAAAAAGUGUCCGGCUGA